AUGCUGAUAACUUUGAUAUCCCUGGGUCUACUGAAUGGCAAUUUAUGGGACCCUAUCAAGCCCAACUUUAUAUUUUCCUCGAAUAUUUCCAGCAAGAUAUACAAUCUAAUACAUGCUCCGAGAAAGGGAAAUCAAUCACCAUCUGUGAUAAAGAUAAAUAUUCAACUAAAUAAUUUGGUAUCAAGAAAUAAAUCCAUGAAAUUGUCCGAUUUGCAAGAUUUGAUAAACAUCCAUUCCAAUAAGCACUAUAUUUUACGUAUUUUAAAACAAGAGAAUUGGGAAUAUAAACCAUCAGAAGAGAUAUUUAUUGUAACCGUGAAACUAGUCCUACUAGACUGUUCAAAAGAUGCUAUUGAAUUUGAGCAUAAUGAAAGCUACACAAUAUUGAAGCAAUGCCAAUUCAUGGAUGAAAUUGAAUCUUAUAUCAAAAAGAUAUAUCUCAAGUACUCAGAGGAGGAAUAUCUGUCGUAUGACAUAAGUGAUUCCACCAUAGAGUGCAGUGAAAGUGAAGACAAUGGAGAAUUAUUUGGCAAAUGCCUUGAACCACUAAAAUCUAAUGAUACUCUAAUUGAUGAAUUCAAAAAGAUUUUCCAUGACAUAAGUGAUGAGGAGAAAACGUUCAAGCAUAAUCAUGAUUUUAUAAAGAAUAUAAGCAAUUUAAGACAUAAUGACGAUGAAGAUAUUGUCGAAGAAGAAGAAGAAGAAGAACCGUCAAGUACCGAGGAGAAAGAAAAUUCUCUAAUUUUACCUGAGACGCCAUCUAUGGCUAAACCAGAAACUGGUGCAUUGCGUUUGGAUGAUUUAAUUGAAGUUAGUUGUGAAAACGAAGAUGAUUUCGAUCUUCAAAAUAUCCCAAAUCCGUCUUUAGCCUUACCUAUUUCUCCAUCAAAACAUGGGUUUGCUGAAGAUAAUGAAGUGAUCAAGAUUUCUAGGCAGCUGCCAUUUCAUUCCCCAACUAAAACUAGAAGAGCAAAUGAUUUAUCUCGAAAGCCCUCAAAUACUUCAUUCUCGAUGAUGAGUGAUGAAAGAUAUGGUCUAGAGUACGCUUACAAUUCCAAUCACGAAGACGUGCCUUCGUUUAUUAAAGAAAAUAAAAAAUUCAAAUUUAUCAAAGUUGGUAAAGUUCAAAAAUUUGUCAAUCUUUUCGAAGAACAGAAAAACCAAAAGGAACCUGUUACUCCAUCUAGGCCCAGCAGUAGAAUUUCUAGCAGAGUCACUAGUAGAGCAGUCAGUAGAACAGUCUCUAGAUCUGCUAGCAUGGAAAAGGUUAUAUAA